AUGUCGGCAUUCACAUCCCACGAUGAAUCAGAUGACCAAGACUACUCCUAUGUCUCCCCAGAAGCCACUACCGACACUCCCCCCAAGCCCCAAGAGAUGACCCAACAAGAAACUUCGCAUGGCCGCAGCCGAUCCGCCAACCCGCUCCUAGGAAACGACAAUCCACUCGUUUCCGAGCUGGAGCAGGAGGUAUUGGACGAGUACUCCCGUCUUCUCCGGAAUGUGAACCAGCUCUCCGACAAGAUCUCCGAUUUGGCAGGCUCCCCCGCCUCAAUGACACUCGAUGGCCUACGUCUGCUAGAGCGCAAAACCGCGACUGUGUGCACAUUACUCAAGGCUAGUGUGUACAGCAUCGUUUUGCAGCAGCAGAUCUGGAACGAGGAUCAGGAGCAGCAACAGCAGCAACAGCAAAGCGGGGAGGGUCAAUAUGGUGAUCAGACAUACCAUGGUGGAUAUGAGGAAGGAGACGUGACGUACCAGUGA